UUAGGGAAGUGAUUCCUCCCGACGCUCCGUACUUGGGCGCCGCUACUUGGGCGCCACUGCUUUGGCCGUCUUACCUCCGCGCUGCCAUGGCGGUGUCUGCCCGGUCCGCGCGGGUCCCGCCGGACUCACAUAAAGUACAGAAAGACAAGGCUGGACAGUCUUCAGGGCCCAGGCAGGGCAGCGGAAUGGGGACACUCUUGGGGUUUGAGUGGACAGAUGUUUCCAGCUGGGGAAGGCUGGUGACCCUGCUGAAUCGACCAACGGAUCCUGCCAGCCUGGCUGUCUUCCGUUUUCUUUUUGGGCUGAUGAUGGUGUUGGACAUUCCCCAAGAACGGGGGCUCAGCUCCCUGGACCGACGAUACCUGGAUGGGCUAGAUGUGUGCCGCUUCCCUUUGCUGGAUGCCCUGCAGCCGCUACCACUUGACUGGAUGUAUCUUGUCUAUACCGUCAUGUUUCUGGGGGCCCUGGGCAUGAUGCUGGGCCUGUGCUACCGGAUGAGCUGUGUUUUAUUCCUGCUGCCGUACUGGUAUGUGUUUCUCCUGGACAAGACGUCAUGGAACAACCACUCCUAUCUGUAUGGUUUAUUGGCCUUUCAGCUAACAUUCAUGGAUGCAAACCACUACUGGUCUGCUGACGGCCUGCUCAAUGCCUGUAAGCGGAAUGCCCACGUGCCCCUCUGGAACUAUGCUGUGCUGCGUGGCCAGAUCUUCAUCGUGUACUUCAUUGCGGGCGUGAAGAAGCUGGACGCGGACUGGGUUGAGGGCUAUUCCAUGGAAUAUCUGUCCCGGCACUGGCUCUUCGCUCCCUUCAAACUGGUACUGUCUGAGGAGAUGACCAGUCUGCUGGUGGUGCACUGGUGCGGACUGCUGCUCGACCUCUCAGCGGGUUUCCUGCUCUUUUUUGAUGCCUCGAGGUCCAUCGGCCUCCUCUUCGUGUCCUACUUCCACUGCAUGAAUUCCCAGCUCUUCAGCAUUGGAAUGUUCCCCUACGUCAUGCUGGCCAGCAGCCCUCUCUUCUGCUCCCCUGAGUGGCCCCGGAAGCUAAUAUCUCGCUUCCCCGAAAAGCUGCAGGAACUACUGCCCCUCAAGGCUGCCCCUCAACCCAGUGAGUCCUGCAUGUACAAGAGGAGCCGGGCCAAAGGUGGCCAAAAGCCAGGGCUGCGCCAUCAGCUGGGUGCUGCCUUCACCCUGCUCUACCUCCUGGAGCAGCUGUUCCUGCCCUAUUCCCAUUUCCUCACCCAGGGCUAUAACAACUGGACAAAUGGGCUGUAUGGCUAUUCCUGGGACAUGAUGGUGCACUCACGCUCCCACCAGCACGUGAAGAUCACCUACCGGGACGGCCGCACUGGCGAGCUGGGCUACCUUAACCCUGGGGUAUUCACACAGAGCCGGCGAUGGAAGGAUCACGCAGACAUGCUGAAGCAAUAUGCCACUUGCCUGAGCCACCUGCUUCCCAAGUACAAUGUCACUGAGCCCCAGAUCUACUUUGAUAUUUGGGUCUCCAUCAAUGACCGCUUCCAGCAGAGGAUUUUUGACCCUCGUGUGGACAUCGUGCAAGCCACCUGGUCCCCCUUCCAGCGUACACCUUGGCUGCAGCCACUGUUGAUGGACCUGUCUCCCUGGAGGACCAAGUUACAGGAAAUCAAGAGCAGCCUGGACAACCACACUGAGGUGGUCUUCAUUGCAGAUUUCCCUGGGCUGCACCUGGAGAAUUUUGUGAGUGAAGACCUGGGCAAUACUAGCAUUCAGCUGCUACAGGGGGAGGUGAUUGUCGAGCUGAUGGCAGAACAGAAGAAUCAGACUCUUCAGGAAGGAGAAAAAAUGCAGUUGCCUGCUGGUGAGUACCAUAAGGUGUAUACGAUAUCAUCCAGUCCUUCCUGCUACAUGUACAUCUACGUCAAUACUACAGAGCUUGCAUUGGAGCAAGACCUGGCAUAUCUACAAGAAUUAAAGGAGAAGGUCGAGAAUGGAACUGAAACGGGGCCUCUACCUCCAGAGCUGCAACCUCUGCUGGAAGGAGAAGUACAAGGGGGCCCUGAGCCAACACCGCUGGUUCAGACCUUUCUUAGACGCCAGCGAAGGCUCCAAGAGCUUGAACGCCGGAGAAAUACCCCUUUCCACGAGCGGCUCUUCCGCUUCUUGCUGCGGAAGCUCUAUAUUUUUCGCCGCAGUUUCCUGAUGACUUGUAUCUCACUUCGAAAUCUGGUAUUAGGCCGCCCUUCCCUGGAGCAGCUGGCCCAAGAGGUGACUUACGCAAACUUGCGACCCUUUGAGCCAGCUGGAGAGUCGAGUCAUUCAAACACAGAUUCUUCAAAUUCUAAUACUCCUGAACCAAAUUCUGACCCUGUCCACUCAGAGUUCUGAUGGGGGCAGAUGUUGGGUAUAGAUGUGGGAGCAACCAGUCAUAGGACCAUUAACCUAUGCAGUGGAGAUGUGAAGAAAUUGAUAUUUUAUACAUUUUUUUUCUGUGUCUAUAGUUCUUUUAAGUUCAGAGAGGAUACUUUAGAGAAGCCAAGCAAGGAUAAGCUUUAUCAAAUCAAGGUUGAGGAGCUAGGAGGGGUUUAAAAGCAAUAUGAAAAUGCCCUUCUAGGAUAAAGGCGUAAGAGGUUUACAGUGACUGGCUCCUUGGGGAAAGAGGUUUAAUGUACCAUGAUGACAGUAACACCUCACUGUUCUCGAGUACUUGCCAUAUGCUAGGUACUGUGAGAACCAUUGUGCCCGUGUUACUGCAUUUAGUCCUUACUGACCAUCAGCCCAAUCUUACAGUUGGAGACAGUGAGGCUGAGACAACAUAAUUUGCUCAAAGGCAAUACCUAGUAAGAGAUGUAUUGAUGGUUUGAAUCUCGUCUGUUUGACUUAAGGUCCCGUACCCUGCCUUUUGUCAUUUGCAGAAUCACUGACAUUAAUUAUGAAAUAAUGUAGCUUCAAAUUUUUCUUCUUAGUUAAGGUAAGAUUGGGAUGGUGAUCAAGUUCUAAAUUCGCAGAGUAAUUUUCUCUUCCCUACAGUUGUAGUUUCUUCAUGGUUCCUAUUAUGUAUACAGCCAGUAAGGUUUUCACUAGCAGCUCUUGAGAAUAGUUACAAUAGGACAAGGUUAAACUAAUAAGGAGAUUUAGAUGAUUGGUAGUAGUUCUCUCAAGUGCAGUGUAUUUAGCAUUACUCUAGCCUUUGAUGAGCAGAAAGUGAUGUAAAGUAGGGAUUAACCAAACUUCGUGAUGGAUUAGGGUAUGUUUGCAGUUAUUUUGUAGGUUUGGAUAUACAGGGUGAUUGAGGAAGCACCUCAAUUCCUUGAAAACUCAAAAGCCUAGCAUUGGGCUAGGAAGUAAGAAUGCAUAGAGAAAAAAGAAAAAAAAAAGGCUCCUGCUCUGGGUGCUUGUUCAUCGUCUCACAGCAAAGACUAGCAGUAAAUUGGCAGUCCCAGUAACUUUUGAUGAAGGAUGGCAUCUCUGUUUUCAGGCUUCGCUUCCCAUGCCCCCCCCACCCCCAGUCAAUGGUUCUUUCCUAGGCAGCUGCCUUUUCACUGUACACACUUGGUAUGAUUAUGUCCACCUCGUGGUUUCCAGUGUCGCUGCUGCUUAGCUUUCUUUCCUGUGCCCUGGACCUAUAGAUCUAACUAGCUCCACCUGGACAUCCCGCAAAGCUUUCAAACUCUGUCCUAAGCAGAACUUAAUUCAUCCCCAACUCAGACCUGCUUCUCUAUUAGUGAGUGGCAACUGCAUUUUUUCUGGCCAAGCCAUUAAGAGCAUCUUGAGUCUUCCUUUUUUUCCCUCACAUUUCCCGAAUUCCAAGUUGUAUCAAUUCUACCUCUUCAAUUUAUUCAUCUCUACUACCUCUGUUCUUUCACCCUUUAUCUUGGAAUCUAGGCAUAGACAGACCAGAGCAGGUGCAGUUGGGCCUGAAUCAGGGCAUCCCCCUGAAGCCUGAUUCCUGUAAGGCAUUGUGUGAGCUAGCUGUAGGUGCCCCGGGGUAUCUUGAUCACUUGUCAAGACCAGUGUGGGGAAACAUGGUUCUCAAUAGUUUUGCACAUCUCAAUGACACAAUAUACCUUGGCACAAUGUCCUUUGCUAGGAAGUUCAGCUAUCUUCUGCUCCCCUGCACUACCCCUGCACCCCCCGACCCAGCUCAUUACUUGACUGGUAAGAAAACUAGUUCUUCAUUUGGGGAAGGGACUCUUACAAUAGUUUUAACAUAGGCAAGGAUGUGGGACGCCUGGGUGGCUCAGUCGUUAAGCAUCUGCCUUCGGCUCAGGUCAUGGUCCCAGGGUCCUGGGAUCGAGCCCCACAUCAGGCUCACUGCUCAGUGGGAGGCCUGCUGCUUCUCCCACUCCCCCUGCUUGUGUUCCCUCUUUUGCUGUGUCUCUGUCAAAUAAAUCUUUAAAGUAUAUAUAUAUAGGCAAGGAUGCUAUCCCAAAACUGUUAGCAUACCACCUCUUUUUCCCAGUGAAAAUGUUGGGGUGUGAUGGAGUGGAAAGGUGGUUGUCUUAAUACUGUUUAUGAAGAAUGCUGUUCAGUGGAAUAAAUGAGUUCAGAUUUCAGGAGGAAUCAGGCCCUGCGUAGCUGUUAGAGGAAUGGGCUAUCAACAUCCUUUUAGCCAGGCUUUAGUAUUCCAAUUCAUUCUACUCCCAGCAUUUGGAUCUUUAGUCGCUGGCCAGGUCAUCCCUUCAAAACUUUUCUGUAACAUGGCAUGCUUUGAUAUUCAACCAUUUGCAGUCACCAUCACCCCAUUUGACACCUUUGCUUCUCUUCUCGCUGGGCUGGUUACGAUUUCUUCACCUUAUUUUUAGAAUCUUUUCUCCCCCAUGUUAGGCAGAAGACAGGGCCUUUUUACAAAAGAUCCUUCUCCAAGCUCCUUGAGGUCCAGUUAUCUUCCUAGUAAAUACUGAAACCCAACAAUUUCUCUGGUGCUGUCCCACCAGCCUACAGGCACCCAACUCUUCCCCAUUCCCCUUAUUUGACCAGCAUGGUGGUUUUUACAGCAAUGCACUAUUCUCUAGAUAAUGUUUUGAAACUUUUAAAGACCUUCAGAUUUAACUUUGCCUCCCCUCCCAAGUUACAAAUUUUUAAGCCUCCAAAUAGGUGUAAUUAAGCAUUCCUUGGGUCUCACACCACUUGAUUUUCAUACAUGCUUGUGUAAACAUGUGCCAAAUGGCUAUCUGUACUUUAGCUCCUAGGCUUUAAAAAGGGAUGGUUCUUGAGUUCUUGUCUAGACCUCUACAAACUCAAAGGUUUUAGAAAGUUACAGCAUCUUCACUGUAAUUUUGUGAGCUAUCUUAUAAAAUGGAUUAGAACCUGGCCCCCUCACCCCUGUUGAAAAAUUUUGCCAAUUCUAUCAUGUACUGAACAUGUAUGUAAUUUGCAGCCUUAACACCUGUUUAUAAUAAAGGUAUUAAUACUUAA